AUGGAGAAUCUACGGAGGAGGAAGAGGGAAGAGUUGGCGAAUUCGAAAAUCGCGGUUUGUUUGGUUGGAGGGGCGAGACGGUUCGAGCUAACCGGACCUUCGAUCAUUGAGAAGAUCCUAAGGCUUUGGUUGCUUAAGGACGCACCGAGGCUUGCUUGGGUUCGUAUCUUGGAGCCCAAGCCAAUCGUCGAGACAGAGCCGAUGGUUCGAGUACUUACACCCAAGAAUUCGCCCAAUGGCAUUAAGUCCGGACGAGUUGACGGUUACUGGGCUGACCCGCUCGACCCGGAAUAUUUCAUACCGGGUCAGUACCUAGUCCCACCUGGUUCCUCCUACGGUGGUCUCAACGAUGGUUUCGGCGUCGGCGAUCUCAACACCUCUACGGUGGCUCUCUCCCGUCUCUCCCUCAUUCCCGACCUCGACUCGGCCGGCUUAACCCGUCUCAACUCCGAGUACGGAGUACCCGUGGCUGCACUUUCAAGCCGUGGACCGUUGAACGGUGCCAAAUGCCGUCCGUGCACGGUCACGUGCAGCGGCUCGUGCGUGGCGAAACUGAUGAGACGGCUGGAUAGAGGGUGGAGCUGGACGGAGUGGAAGAACGGGAUGUUGGAGCUGUGCGACGCACGUAGGGGAUUGGAAAAAGGUUGGGAGAAGAUUUUUGACGACGUUGCCGGAGAAAAACUUGCACGUGCGAGGAAACUAGUCGGAGGUUUGGAUUUGAGGAUAUGUGUGGAAGAGUUUGAUGAGAUGAGAGGAAUGACCGUUAAAUGGGAAGCUCCCGCGUCCGAACAGAUUUGUACGUUGGGCUUAAGGCCUAAUUAG